UAGUGUUGCUCUUGGUGGUGGCUUUCCCCAGGUGGAGCGAGUGGUUUCGUAAGAAAUUGGCGUAAUGCAAAAUGCUGCACACCAUUUGAUUCUAGAAAGCCCGCCACAGAGAUCUACGAUGUUACCCAGGCAAGCCGCCGUAGGUUUUGCGUUCCUUACGGUACUGGUGAUCGGCACGCACCAGGUCGAAUUGAAAGCUGGUUGCAAGAUUGAGACCUUACGGGCUUGCGGCGACGACUACGUACCAUAUGGUAAUGGACCGCGCAUGGAGGUUUCCGGAGAACCAUUCAACAAAACAUGCGCGACGCAGAAACAACAGGUAAACUGAAGUAUGCACUUCGCCAGUGACUGCUUGUAUGGCAUACCCAAAAUUGCUGCAGGGCUCACCCUAAGUGCAUUUGACGAUAACACGAAGAGCAUCUGCAAAGUGGGUUCCGAACAGCACGAGGCGUACCGGAAGGCCGUCGGCUGCAUGAACUCAGUGGGCACAAAGAUCAACGCCUGCCUAAAGGGCUUCCACAGCCUCGUGCAGAGGGCAGUUGUCAAAGCACAAGCCAAACAUGUGAUUGGCCACGCCUGCUGCUCGUACCAUGAUGCUCUGGACUGCCUCCGCAAUGCUCUGACACCAUGCGACAGUGCUGGCUCCAUCGAAUUUGCAACUGGCCUGCUCGGGAAAGUGUUCGGUGAAACUUUGCAUUUGGUGUGCGGCGAGCACACCGAGGGAUCUGAGGCCUGCAAGACUCUGCCCGAAGUGCCGAAGCUGGGACCACGUGAUCGCAAAAUCGACAAUUAUGUUGAACUGCUGGUAGAGGUUGCUAGUAAGGUGGGCCGCCAAAAAUGAGCACAUGACUGGCUCCGGCUGAAGCUUUGGUUGCACCGUUUUAACUUCAUUGGUUUGCUCAAUCUACGUAGAACAAAUUAUCCAACCGCGGUAGCUCAGUGACUAUGACGUUGCGCUGCUGAGCCCGAAGUCGCGCGUGCGGUCCCCGGCCGCGGUAUGCAAAAAUGUUCGUGUGCAUAGAUUUAGGUGCACGUCAAAGAAUCCCAGUUGGUUAAAACUAAUCUCGAGUUCCCCACUACGGCGUGCAUCAUAUACGAUUGCUCCUUUUGCACGGAAAGCCCCUCAAUUUAAUUUUAAUAACGUACAUGUUUAACUUGCAAGAACGGAAACAGGGAAAUGAAAAUGGCAGGACGGGAGGACAGCCUGAGGAAAGUGCGGUUUGCUACGUCCCAAACGAGGAACGGCUACAAACCCUUCACCCCAUGGUGCACGCCUAUGUUUGCUCGACUUGCGUUUAAUGUGAUUAUAGUUCUCUGGAAACAUCACUCAGUUUGCCUUAUAUAUCUGUGUUUGUCCGUAUCUGACCUUUUUCCCAGCAACUUCGGUCAUUGGCUAGUCCGCGCUCUAAUGGGGAGAACAUCGGGCUGCUGUGCUUAGAGAACCCGGUUCAAAACCAACCGUCGAACAAAUUAGGGUUCAGGAUGUUUCGUGUACAGGGUGUUUAAUGUGCGUAUGUGACACUCGGCAUGUGCAACUCUCCAGUGAACCUCUUUCACGCCAACUUGGGUCACAGUGUAUGUGGCCCUGGGUGUGUGCCGCUUUUCAAUAAACUGAGGACGCGCGCCACACGCGAACCUAGUGGCCUCGCCGCUAGAGGGGGCAGCGCGUCCAUGCUGCCCGCAUAUAUAUAUAUACACGUGGGAUGUAUACACGCAUAUAUAUGUAUACACGCAGCGUAUAUGUAUACACGUGGCAUGAUGGCUUCGGAAAAACAUACCUCUGCUUUGCAAACUCGUUGCGCAACAUUACAGCAAUACUCUACGCGAGGUGUACAGGCUGUUUAAUGUAACUUGGGCCAAUCUCUAAAAUAUGCAAAUGCCACGUAGCUGGACAGAACUCAGGUAAUGUUGUUUGCCGUUGCUUGGAGAUACUCAGAUUAUGUUUUGCAUUUAGCUUAAUUAGCUAAU